AUGGAGAGGCCUGCGAAGCGAUUGAAGAUUACAAACCCAGACGUCCGAAAUCCGCGGGAUACAGGCUCAAGAAUGACAGAAGGACUGUUUACCUCUGAACAGGGCAUGCGAGGUGAUGAUACGGACUAUGCAGUUCAGCCUACACGGACUAUUAGCUUAUCUGAUUUUCAACGACAAAACGUGUUCGGCAGCUAUCAACACGCUCCGCGGCCUGUUCUACCUCGCAGAAACGCUGGAAUCUACUUGUUACCCAGAGCUCCCGAGGCUACUGUCACAGCAAGCGUCGUGCAAGUUAAUGUGAAUGAUGGCACAAGUACCUCUAAAAUCACAGAGGUAACCGUGGCAGCGACCGAUUCUGUUGUUUCCCUGUCAGAGGUCGGCACGCUGACCACUGCUGUCUCCUUAACUAUACCUGGAAUCUCCAACACCACCAGCACCCACGGAAGCUCAACAAGUUCAUCCCAAACAACUCCUCCCAUAACAUCAACAAUUACCUCAUCGACGAGCAGUUUAAGCACUGGCCUCACAAAUGGCACCAUAACAUCUGAUACGACAAGCGAGCGGACAGUCACGGUCACAGCUACUUCGACCUUCGAGCUGUCGGUAAUCAAUGGUACCAUCAUAGCCUCGGACACACUCUUUGCUGGAAGCCCAACAAGGACUCACGAAGGAACCACUGCGACCAGCAGCAGUAGUAGCUCGGCGACCUUUUUCUUUGGUGACCUCACCUCAACACCUACACCAUCGUCCGACACCUCUACGUCAUCUGAUUUGUCUGGGGACUCUGGCAGCUCCUCUUACUUCACUAAUGGCCCAGACGGCAGCGGUGCCGGCUCUCCCACAGCUACAACCGAUCCAGCAGCUACCUCGAGCGCCGGAUCAGGGUCAGGGGGCGGCGGAGGCGGAGGAAGUCCUGGCUUGACCCCGACCCAACAGCAAGUGGUGGGGGGCGUUGUUGGAGGCGUGGCUGGUGCUGCGCUCACACUAGUCAUCAUUCUUUUCGUCCUUCGCUGGUAUCGCCGUCGACUAAAGGCACGAGGCCAACUUCCAGAACAAAUUGCCGCUCGCGAGCUGGCGGGUGAUGGUGGCGGCGGAGGUAGCAGAGCUGAAGCAUACCCCAUGUCUCAGCGAUCCUCAACAACGCCUCUUACUGUCGCUGUGGCCCACGGCUUAAAACGUCUCAGACCUCGCAGCAGUCAAACUCUCGGCACCACCGCCACUGGAACCACCGAUAGCAGCGUCCCAGAAUCGGAGCGAGGCUUUCAACGUAUCGCUGGCCGCAAGAUCGCCCCUGUUCUGAGUAGUGGCGGUGACCCAUAUGGAGGGAACUAUGGUGCUUUCGAGAAGGACGCUGGUGUGGGACCCUCGGACAUGCCGCGCAUCCCGGAAAGAGGUCUAUCAGGGGCUUCAUUUUAUCAAGACAACCGCGGCUUCUAUGGAGGGAAAGGGACACCAACGCCACCACAAGUACCUUCGUCGCCAACGACUGUCACCACACCUGCUAAGACGGGAGAUUCGUUGGCGCCUGCUGGAACGGCAUCAAGUGCGAGAGACUUUGCAGAGCCCCGCGCACCAUCAGCACUCAAUAACAGUCAGAUCUCCCUAAACACGCCUAGCCGGCCCGAAGGGUUUGCAAUCAUGCGGCCCAGUCCUGCUCGCACCCCGGUGACACUCAGUCCCGCUGCCAGCUCUAUCCGGCUACCCAUCCAGCAGCCACCGAGCAUGGAUGAGAAUGCUCCUCCACUACCCCCAAUGCUGCGAGACGGCGUUGGCCGCAGCCUGGCUAGUCAGGACGGAAGUCGAGUAAGCAGAAGCAGCGGACGCAGUGCCGGAAGAUUUACGGAAAACAUGUGA